AUGAAAAAAAGGAGCAGCUCGAAUAAUGUCUUUUGCAAAUUUGCUCAUUCAAGAGAGAUAUUACCUUUGGAACGAGCAUUCUCUGUGGAUGGGUGGAAUAGGAAAGAACAUCUUGAGAAUGAUGGAGGAAUUCAUCGGAAGAGCAGAACCAUGGAGGAUUUGGAGUUGAUGAAUAAUAACAAUGAUGAACUUUCGUUUGAAAGUAUUCAACGAGUGCUCUCCGAAUUGCAAUCUCAAACCAUGCUGGUUUCGGAGAGACUGCUAUCGUCCUCUCAGGACUAUCUUGAUGAUGAUCUAGGUAAAAACAAUGAAACUUAUCAAUCGUCAUUCAGCAAUGAUAACAAGGCAGAUGACUCAGAGCAAUACCAAGAACUGUGGGCAACAUCAUCUAAAAACAUGGAUCCACCUGAGAAAACGAGUAGUGACACAAAGCAUUUGUCUUUAUUUCUAAAUGUUGAUUCACAGUUGGACAAGGAAAAUUAUUGCCCUUCAAACAAUUCUUUUCUGAAUUCAAGCAGCAAAAAUCCUCAAAAUUCUUUCAACAAGAAAGAAUUAAGCUUUCAAACACACAAAAGAAGUCGACCAAAGGAGUUUAUUUUUGAAGACGAAAAAGAAUGUACUUUUAAACCAAAAAUCAAUUCAAGUUACAUGUCACACCGUACACAAAAUUCUUCCAUUCCAUUUGCCGAUCGAAUGCUUCGAUGGCAACAAAGAAAGAACGAACAAAUGAAAAAGAAAAGAGAAGAAUUGAAGAAAGAAGAAAUCAAGCAUUGUACAUUUAAACCAACAGUGACCACCUCAAUGGAGAUGAAAUCACGCAAUGAAGAGGACGAACUUUCACAACAAACCAUGAUGUCAACCUCUUCAUUAAACUCUCAAGAGACAUGUUUAAAACUGUAUGAAACAGCAGCAAAAAAGAAAAUGGAAAAACAGCAACAGAUUGAAAACCUCAAAGCAGAGAAAAUGAAAGAAUGUUCCUUUAGACCCAAUAUUAUUGUUGAUCCAACAGUUCAACCUAGAUAUUUAAACUGUUCUUCAGCGAAGAAAACCACGAAAGGAGAACCAUCGUGUCCCAGCAGUGAACGAACUCCUUCAUUGGAACCCUCCUCCAGACCCUCAUCGAGCUGUUCUUACCUUAAACGACCAGGCUCAGCACCUUCCUUCCGAGGAUCUAGACAGUGUGACUCUUUUAAUAUUGGUUCUGACAUGUCAUCUCGAGAUUCGUUUGCAGAAUUCAUGGAAAGACAGCACAAUACUUUGAAGAGGAAAGAAGAAAAAGUGAAAUCCUUAAAAUCAUCACUCGAAUGUUGUCACAAGCCUACCAUUAAUCGAAUGAGCCAAAACAUUACGAAACACAGUCAUCAUCAACGAAUCGAAGACAGAGUUCAAAAUGAAAAGCAACGAAAGGAAAUUCAAGAAAAAUAUAUGAAAGCCAUGGCCACAAAAGACUGCACUUUCAAACCAAGGAUUAAUAAGACUUCUAAACAGCUGCCCUCUCGAACGGCAGAAGAAAUGAGUAAGGGAGAUUUGGAGACAAAACAACAAAAGAUGGAGGAGGCUAAAAAAAUGGUUCGAGAGAAGGAAUUGAAAGAUGUGACCUUUUUCCCAAAAACCAAUAGAGAAGUAACAGCUCGAUCUGUGUUGCGAGUCAGUACAGAUCCAGACUCUUAUCUUGAACGAUUGCGUCUACAGCAGGAGAAGGCAGAACGAAGAAAAAAUAUACUUCUCAAAGAGAAGGAAGAAAAAGAAAUGGCCGAGUGCUCCUUCAGGCCCAAGCUUACGCAUGCAGAGGGAGCUAUGAAAAAUCAAAUCGAAUGGUGGCGAUAA